AUGUGUUUCGUCGAGGUGAUUGAUACGGCGGGACAGGAGGAGUAUGCGACUCUCCGAGAUCAGUGGGUCAGGGAAGGCCAAGGAUUUAUCUUGGUUUACUCGAUCGCAUCUCGUGCGACAUUCGACCAUCUCGACGUCUUCCGCCAGGCCAUGCUUAAGUUUGAGCGGGAGGUCUCGCGAGAAGAUGGGGCAGCACUCGCACGAAGUUUCGGCUGCGAAUUUCUCGAGACAUCCGCCAAGACGGCACAUAACGUUGAACGACUAUUCAUCUAUCUCGUCCGUCUACUCCGGUCGACAAAACAGCAGGAACAGGGUCUGCAGGGUCCAGGGCGAGUACAGAAGGAGGAGAAGAAGCGAAAGUGUAUUAUCAUGUAG